AUGCAUGCAAUUACUCAACAAGGAAUUAGAAGAGAAACGGAGUGCCCAUUGUUUAAAGGUUUAGAGACUUGGCAAAUGGUAUUGCUGACCCAUGGUUAAAGCGUCGAUAAGGUUGCAGAAGGGUUGCGUUGCGUCCCAAAAUCUACGCAUCAUAUUAUUUCCGCCAUUGCUGAUACUGAACGCCGUCUUAGCGGAGUCCAGUUCCAUCCUGAAGUUGAUAUCACUAAAAACGGACGAAAAAUGUUGCAUAACUUCUUAUUCGACAUCUGUGGAUUGCAAAGAGGUUUCACAUUGGAGAAACGCGAGCAGCAGUAUAUCGAUUACGUCCGGCGUACGGUAGGACGUAAUAAGAUCGUGUUCAUGCUGGAAAGCGGCGGAGUCGAUUCCGCCGUUUGUGCUGCCCUUCUCUAUAAAGCACUUCUACAGGAUGACGACUCGUCGCGAGUGCAUGAAAUCCAUAUAGAUAACGGUUUCCUGCGUUAAGACGAAUCCGAGCAGGUCGUCACUAGUUUACAGCAACUCGGGCUCAAUCUUCGUAUUUGAUGUUUCGAAUUGUUUUGGGUUGUUGCAAGUUUGACUUUCUGUGCUUCCACCAAUGUGCAUGAUCGCCAAACUUUGUCGUUGUGCCGGACUGUUAAUUCGGAAGAAAAACGUCGAAUUAUUGGCGAUACGUUUGUCAAAGUGGCAAAUAGAACGACUAACGAAAAUUUAAAUCUCACUUGGGGUAAUCUACUUCACGGACAAGAUGCUAUGAGACCGGAUUUUAUUGAAUUCGCCUCGCAUAGGGCUUCUUCAAGCACUGAUGCCAUAAAGAUUCAUUAUGACGAUUCCGAAGUGGUUCUUCAGUUACGCCUUCACGACCGUGUAUUAGAAUCUCUUCAAGACUUCCAUAAAGAUGAAGUAAGAGCCUUUGGUCGCGAGUUGGGUCUGCCCGCAGAAUUACUGGAACGUCACCCGUUCCCUGGUCCCGGUUUGUCAAUUCGAAUCAUUUAUGCCGAAAAACUGUUCAUGGAAGCUGAUUUCGGUGAGACGCAAGUCCUGAUUCGUUUGAUGGUUAUUUAUGCUAACAUGACAGCCAAGGAACAUGCCUUGCUCAAUCGGAUUGAAAUCGCGACGUCGGAAGAAGAUCUUCUAGAAGAACUGUCUAGUAGCAACCAGUUUGUUUCCACGCUACUGCCUAUUCGCAUUGUCGGUGUUCAGGUAUAAGUCUAUUUCGGUGUCAGAACUGAAAUUGUACUUUUAGAACUUUUAAAACACCACAUAAAUUUUAUUAACAACA